UUAAGUAUGAAUUUAACAUUACAUUGAACAUUGAUUUUCUGAACUGUAUAUUAAUCCGUUAUAUUGAUACAUUUAGAAGAAUGUGUGUGUUUUCUUUCCGACGAUUUUCGGAAAACCGAACCAACUCGGGAUUUUCCAAUUUCUAUUUUUAGCUCACGUGAACAAGUCAUGUUCGUGAUGCAGAUCGUAUUUAUUACCAGCCUUAUCUGAGUCGGAAUACUUUGCAAAACGUAAAUUCUUUAUUCAUUUUGGUGUUGAUACAGCUGCUUGUUUAUGUUUAAGCAUUUUACUAUUGUAUGUAUUUUGGUAUUUGUUUGGAGGUUUUAUCGGACAUCGGAUUAUUCAAGCCACAUACCUGAUUGCGAAACGACAGAUAUGGAAGAUUCCAAGGAUACAGUCAUCGUGAUUGGGUGCGGAAAACUGAAUGGCCCUCAGUUCUUAGAGUUGUUUAAGGGGGUUGGACCAAUAAAGGUUGCAGACGACGGCAACACACUGGCCAGGAUAAACCUACAGCGUCAAGAGGGCAUCGUGACCUAUCAGAACUCCGAGCUUGCCAAAAAAGCCAUUGCAACAUUGAACGGAAAAAAUGUGGAGGGCGGAAACAUCGAAGUCGUUUCGGCCGAGCAAUACUUCCGUGAUAUGACCCAUCGAAAUGGUAAGGCCACUGCCCAGGCGCAAACACCGCAUGGCGGAUGUGGGAACACUCCACUUCUAGUCGAGGAGGGGAAGGGGGAAAAGGAGGGUCGGGCUUCUUUAGUUUCUUUAGGGGCCAAGACGGUCAGCCCGGUGAGCCUGGGCCGAACGGGCGGGGAGGGGAGGGGGGAAAAGGCGGGGCUGGAUUUUUCGGAGGGCUUUUUGGAGGGGGUGGUCAAGGGGAAAAGGGAGGGGAUCAGACCGGAGAAGGGGGAAACACCAAGCAAAGCGAUAAUGGUGCGGGAAAAGGGGGAAAAGGAGGGGCCGGCAUGUUCGGCUUGUUCAAGGGGCAGGACGGUCAGCCGGGCGAGCCGGGUCCCAAUGGGAGGGGUGGUGAAGAAGGAAAAGGAGGUGGUUCCCGGUAAAAAAGAAACGACAGGAUUUACAUUUUAUGUGCAGUCGAAGAUAUAAGACGGUAAUAUUGAUAUUUAUAGACAUUGUUAAACUAUUUCAUAUUAGUUCAACAAUUAUUUUUAAAAUCGGGCUAUUAUAUCAAAAUAAUAGCUUUAAGCGAACAUAGUAUGGUUGUUCAAACGGAAAGAAGUGUUUCGUUUUAAGCUCCAACAACCUAAUGCAUAUUUGUGUGUUAUUCAAACAGUUUGUGUGUUAACUUUGUUUUUGACAUCAUGUGCAACGCACUGGUGUUCUUUCUAUGAAGGCGCUUUGCGUCAUGUUCUUGAAUGCUGAAACGUUUCAGAAACAAUGAACAUUCUACAGGAUCUUUUAUGUUUAUGAUUAUUGGUUGAUUGCAAGUGUAUAUCAUUAUUUUGUUCUCAUUGUUCUAUAGUUGUUUUAUCUUCAUGAUGAAAUGAAAAUAAUAAAUACCAAAACACGUGAAUCGGUGUAAUUUUAA